UUAAAACUUUGAAAUUUGUGUGACUUACGAGGUUCUAGAUAUGGACUUGUUUAUUACAUGUUUUUUAAUUUAUCUCUAUUUAUUAGUUUAAUUAACUUUAAAAAGAAUUCUAUUAUAAAUUGAGAUAAUUGUAAUAUAUAAAUGAGAUGUUAAUGAAUGAUGACUGAUCUAUCCUGGAUUAUUACUUGCAUAACAAACGUUGAUAUUCCAAGAAAUUUAACAUAUCGAAGCAAACGUAAAAAGGUAUUUGGAAAAUGUCUUGCGGAACUUUUGAACAAUGGCGAAUUUAUAGAAAGACUUUGCCAAGAGAUAUAAAAUUAGUUCGAAUUCUUGCUGGCCUUGAAAAAGGAAUCCGUAAAGCAAUUCGUAAUGAACAAAUUACUUCUGAUAUUUUUGAUGAAACGUGUACAAAGAAACCGAAUAAACUUGCUGUUAUUUCAUCUGAUGGACUUAUAAAAUAUUCUUUUUCCGAAUUAAGAGACUUAGUAAACAAAAUUGGAAAUAUAUUUUACAAUAGUGGGUAUAGAAAAGGAGAUGUUGUUGCAUUAUUUAUGGAAAAUAGACCCGAGUAUGUAGCUUUUUGGUUAGGACUUUCAAAAAUCGGUGUUAUAACAUCUCUGAUAAACUUUAAUUUGACUAAUGAUAGUUUGCUGCAUUGUAUAACAGUUUGUGAAGCUAAGGCAAUUAUAUAUAGUAGUGAAACAGAAGAUGCACUUGAGGUUUUGCAUGAUCAAUUAAAAAAUCUUGUUUACUUCUGUUUUGGAUCAAAAAAGAAAAUACUUAAAUCUAUUGACUUAAUGAAACUUAUUGAAUCCACUGUUACGACUCAUCCCCCACGCCCUGAUGGUAUUUCCUUAUAUGACAAACUUAUUUACAUGUAUACCUCUGGAACAACUGGAUUACCCAAACCUGCUGUUAUACGACAUACUAGAUUUUAUUACAUGGUGAAUGGAAUGGCAAUAUCUUUUAAAGUGACUAAUAAAGACAUAAAUUAUGUUGCACUCCCAUUGUAUCAUUCUAAUGGUGGUGUUGGUGGUAUUGGAAUGAUGAUAUAUAAGGGUGCAACAGUGGUUGUAGCCAAAAAAUUUUCAGCUAGUCGUUUUUUUAGUGAAUGUGCUAUACACGGAGCAACGAUGUUCAACUAUAUUGGGGAAGUUUGUCGCUACUUACUUGCCCAACCUCCUUCUAAAAAUGACCGUUCUCACCGCAUUCGUUUAGCUAUUGGAAAUGGGUUGAGACCUCAGAUUUGGAGAGAGUUCAAAGAAAGAUUUGGUAUUGAAGUGAUUGGGGAAUGUUACGCUUCUACAGAAGGCAACGCCAACAUGAUUAAUAUUGAUAACCGAGUUGGAGCUGUUGGUUUUAACUCCGUAAUUGCUCCUGGGUUUUAUCCCAUAAGGCUAGUAAAAGUAAAUGAAGAAACUGAAGAAAUAUUAAGAGACAAUGAAGGUAUGGCAAUAGCUUGUUUACCCGGAGAGGAAGGCGAACUUGUUGGGAAAGUUAGAAAUGAUCCUGUUCACCAGUUUGAUGGCUAUCUAGAUAAAGAAGCUACUGCUAAGAAAAUAGCUCAUGAUGUGUUUGAAAAAGGUGAUUCAGUGUUUCGUUCAGGUGACAUUCUUGUGCAAGAUGAAGAAGGCUACUUUUAUUUUCAGGAUAGAGGAGGAGAUACAUUUCGAUGGAAAGGAGAAAAUGUUGGUACAACAGAAGUUGAAACAGUUAUAAGUAGAAUUGUAAGGUUAGCUGAUGUUGCUGUGUAUGGUGUAUCCAUUCCAGGAAUUGAAGGAAAAGCCGCCAUGACAUGUAUUGCUGAUCCUGAUUUUACUGUUGAUUUAAGUUUAUUGAGAGCGGAACUAUUAAAUAAAUUACCAAAUUAUGCUCGCCCCCAGUUCAUUAGGUUAUCUUCUGAAAAAAAUAUUUCACAGACUAACACCUUUAAACUGAAAAAAAAUCAAUUAAAGGCAGAAGGAUUUGAUCCAAAAAAAGUUCUUAAUGAUCGCUUGUAUUAUAAUAAUCAGAGAACUGGACAUUACGAAGUAUUAGAUAUAACUGCAUAUUACCGCAUUCUGCAACAUGAAAUUCGAUUUUAGUUAUUGCAUUUCCUAAUAUGUAGUUCGAUUUUAAUCUUGCUUAAUAUGGCGUUCUGCAACAUGGUACUCGAUUUUAGUCCUAUUAUCGCAUUUCACAUCAUGAAUUUCGAUUAAGUUCUUGCAUAUUAUCGCAUUUUGUAACAUGAAGUUCGAUUUUGGUUUCUCGACGGUGCAUAUUUUGGUUUUGCAUUGUUUCGUGGCUGCGAUGCAAAUCAAAAACCGUUGAUAUCGGUUCUAAUCGUUGAUAUUGUAGCGAUAAUUUAUUUUAGAAACAAAACAAAAGCAAAGCUUUGUUGCAAAAUAUACAAUAUACUUUAUAUCAAAUAAAAAUUCAAAAAGUUUAUUAUUGAAAAUAUUUAUCAAUUUGUUAAAUAAAACAAAUAUUUUAAUACGCUUACUGUUAAUACAUUCUUAUAUAGGUUGUUA